AUGGAAGCCAUCGCCAAGUUUGAUUUCAGUGCUUCUGGAGAGGAUGAGUUGAGCUUCCAGGCUGGGGAUAUGCUGAAGGUUUUGAGCUCCCAGGAAGAGUGGUACAAGGCUGAGCUCAGAAGUCAAGAGGGCUACGUUCCUAAGAACUUCAUUGAUUUUCACGUUCCCCCCUGGUUUGAUGAGAGGAUAUCCCGCCACGAAGCAGAGAACAUCCUCAUGAGCAAAGGAGUUGGCUCCUUCAUCGUCCGAGCCAGUCAGAACUCUCAAGGUGACUUCUCCAUCUCUGUCAGGCAUGAAGAUGAUGUGCAACACUUCAAAGUGAUGAGGGAUUCAAAGGGUAACUAUUACCUGUGGACAGAGAAAUUCCACUCACUAAACAAGCUGGUGGACUACUACAAGACGACUUCCAUCUCCAGGCAGAAGCAGAUCUUCCUGAGGGACAACAACCGAGAAGAGAAGCGAACGCUAUGGGUCCGUGCCUUGUACGACUUUGAUGCUAUGGAGCAUGACGAGCUGGGCUUCCGCAGUGGAGACAUCUUAGAGGUCCUGGACAGCUCCAACCCAUCAUGGUGGAAAGGACGUCUGCGUGGGGAACUGGGUCUCUUCCCUGCCAACUAUGUCACACCGGUGCCCCUGUGAGGGCACAGUAUGCCCCAGAGGGCCAUAUUGAAGCUGCUCUUCUGACAUGACAAGGACAGAGAGGAAGUGCAUCUUCCCUUGCCCCCAGGACAUACGGUGGUUUUGGUUUUGUCUUAAUUUAUUGGCAAUUGAUCUUUUGAAAUGUUGGUAUGAAAGGGAACCCUUUGAAGAGGAUAGGAAUUUUUUCCCCUAUUUUUCACAUCCGUGAAAGGGAGGGAGCAAAAAUCCUGGACUGUUCAUUGAGACCUUGCUGGAUCCUCCCUGCCCUGUCACUUCUUUGGCUAAGUAUUGAUAACUUCCUGCAAUUAGGUUUGUUCUGUGGAAAUGCACCUCAGACAAGUCAGGCUUCAGUAUUCAGGUAGCCCUACCCCUUCCUUUUGGAUCUGGCAGCACUCAUAGUCUCUUCAGGCUCCAUUUCACCUUUCUUUCAGAAGCGGGAGGAACACCCAGGUGAAUUAAAUGAUCAUUGGUAAUCACAUUAAUACUUCAGGUAGGGAAGGAAAGUGAGGGGGCCUUAGGCUGAGGUCCAAGGCAACCUUGACUUUUCUAAAUAGUUUCUGGCUUACCCCUCUAGUACUUUCUGUGGGUAUGGACUAUAUGGAGAUACCAGAUGAAGGGAAAGGAUCCUGGAAGCUUUUGUACAAACAAACCAGUGGUGAAGGUAUGGGAGGGCGAGAAGCUACUUUCUUUGCUCCUACUGAUAGUCCUGCUCUUCUUUCUGCACCCCAUAACACCACCUUGUCCCAUUUUCAAGCUGCUCUCUAAGGUACUUCUUACACUUCUGUUAGACAUCCUGGUUAGAGCAGGUCAGGCCCUUCAGUUAAAUUAAUAUCCACUGGAUCGGAUAACAAUUAAUAUCCCUCACUGGUUCCUUUUGUAAAACCGAAUUGGGGAGGGGUUGGAGGGAAGAGGUUUUUCUGGUUUGGUGGCAGAAGUUCUUUCCCUGAGAACGUGGGGUGUUCAGGAUC